GGGCGAACCGUUUCUGGGGCCACGAUUUUCAGGAAACUGAACUGGACAGGGCCUGUAAAGAACAGGAGAGAGGAAGUCAAAGGGGACCGCCCCACUCCAGGAAAGCAGGGUUUCAGUUCUGGCUCUCCUCUUAGGCUGAGCAAGAGAUGAGAAGAAAGACCAUUUCUUUAAAUCUGUCGUGGCUGGAAAAGGAGUUUCAACAGAGGAAAAGAGCAGUGGGAGAGGAAAGGGGGAAAAACGGUGAGCGACAGGGCGGAUGGGGAACAUCUAGUCCUUGGCAAGAUUGCUCCAAAUUAAAUCUCAUCAAGCUUCAUCAGGUAUUAUCCCAGAGAGAUGAGGCUCUCCGUCUCCGCGUGGAUCUGGAUGGCCUUGCUAAGGACCUUUUCCACCGGCCUGGAUCCGUCCCUGGACGAAGCCUGGAGGGAGUGGAAGAGCACCUAUGCUAAAAUAUACAACAAGCAGGAAGAGGACUUCCGGAGAGCCGUGUGGGAGAAGAAUCUGAAGGGGAUCAAGGAACAUAACUGGGAAGCUUCCCUAGGGAGACACAGCUACCAGCUGGGCAUGAACCAUCUUGGCGAUUUGACUAAAGAGGAGUUUGUCCAGAAGCUGAACAGGUAUCAUCCCCACCUGGACGGAGAGGAUGACGGCAACGUGACCUUGUUCCGCGACCCGGGCCGUGAGGGGCUCCCGAAACAUGUGGACUGGCGCAAGAAGGGGUAUGUCACUCCGGUGAAAGACCAGGGUGACUGUGGGUCGUGCUGGGCUUUCAGCGCGACCGGGGCCCUCGAAGGCUUGCAUUUCAAGAAAACUGGCAAGCUGGUCUCCCUGAGUGAACAGAACCUGGUGGACUGCUCAUGGAAGCAGGGGAACGAAGGGUGCGACGGCGGAUUCAUGAACUGGGCUUUCAAGUAUGUCCGGGUGAACAAGGGGAUCAACUCAGAGAAGACCUACCCUUAUGAAGGAGAGGAUGGGCCGUGUCGUUUCAACCCUUCCGACCGAGCCGCCACAUGCACCUCACUGGUGAAGAUCAAAAAAAAGAACGAAACCGACUUGAAACGAGCUGUCGCCAAGGUUGGCCCUGUUUCUGUGGCCGUGGAUGCUAGCGAUUUCGCCUUUUACAAGUCAGGAAUCUUCUACCAAAAAGGGUGUGGUGACUUCUUGAACCACGGGAUGCUGGCAGUCGGCUAUGGCACCGUCAAAGAUGAUGACGCACAGAAAAUUAAAAAAUACUGGAUCCUGAAGAACAGCUGGUCUAAAACAUGGGGUGAGAAAGGCUACAUGCGGCUGGCUAGAGAGAUGAAUAACCAGUGCGGGGUGGCCAGUGAUGCGAGCUAUCCUACCUUGUAACCAGACGACGGGGCAAAAGCAGGCGUUUUGUCUCCUCAAACCUUCCCGGCUUUGGAGGAGAAAAUUUAAACACAAGGGCACCUCUUGAGCGUCUCGUCCUUCUUCUCACUUUCACGGAUCUCUGGGGAAGCGCGGAGGAAGAGUUGCCAGAAACGUCCCGUCCUGAAACCAAACAAGAUUGGGUCCAAUAAAUAAAUACCAUUUGGUCUGUUGGUAGCAUCAAGGCCAUUGUGCUUAAUUCAUUAGAAUUAGCAUUGUAAUUGCACUUAAAAAAUUGAAAGUAAAUCAA